AUGGCUAUGGAGUCUUCACCUUCUUCUCUGCCUACUCCUUCUUCUACGAAUUCUCUUUCUCAAGCAUUCUCUCACAAAUUGAGCAUCAAGCUUGAUGAUUCCAACUUUUACUCAUGGAAGCAACAAGUAGAAGGUGUCAUCAGAUCUCACAAGCUGCAGAAAUUCGUUCAAGAUCCUCCUCAAAUUCCUGUGAAAUUCUUGACUGAGGAAGAUCGAAUCAUGGAGAAUGUGAAUCCUGAGUUUACAGAUUGGGAGCAACAGGAUUCAUUCCUCUUCACCUGGCUUCUUUCUACGCUUUCGCCUUCGAUUCUUCCCAAUGUGAUCCAGUGUGUGCACUCUUGGCAGAUCUGGGAAGAGAUUCACUCGUUUUUCAAUGCCAAAUCGCGUGCUCAGUCAACACAAUUGAGGAAUGAGUUGAAGAACAUCACAAAAGGUACCAAAACUGCUUCUGAAUUUCUGCAAAGGAUCAAAACGAUUGUGAAUACGCUUGCUUCAAUUGGAGAACCUGUGACUUUCCGUGAUCAUCUGGAAGCUAUUUUCGAUGGUCUCUCUGAAGAGUACAGUGCUUUGAUGACGGUUAUCUACAACCAAACAACCUACUACUCGAUUUCUGAGGUGGAAGCUAUGGUGAUUUCGCAUGAAGCACGAUUUGAUAGGAUGCGAAAGAAACAACAAGCUGAAACCACUCCUGCAGUGUUCCUUGCACAGGCGCAAAAUCCGCCUUCAUCUUCUACUGCACCGGCGCCGCCGCCACAAGCUCUGUGGACUCAGCCUACUCCGGCGCCGCCAUCGCCAGCGCCGCAACCUCCUGCAACCAGUGUCGCUUCUUCCCAGCCACUCGAUGGUACUGUUGCUUCUGGCUAUGAGAGUCGCGAUGAACAAAAUCGCAAUUUUGGUGGCUAUGGCAGAGGACGCGGGCGCGGGAGAGGACGCAAUGUCCAGUGCACAUACUGCAACAAAUGGGGUCAUGACACAGCUUCUUGCUGGUCACGCCCUUCAGGAGUUGCUCCUGGUACUAAUCCUCAUGGUAAUUCUGGACAAUCUGGAAAUUCUGGUCAAUUUGGGAAUGUUAGUCCCAAUUUAGGGUUUUCUCCAAUGCAAUUUGGGGGUUUUCCUUCUAUGGCUAAUUUUGGGAUUACACCUUAUGCAUCCUACAAUCCCAUGUAUCCACAGUAUGGUUCUAAUGCUAAUUCAGGUCCUGGUAUGCCUACUUGGCCUCCUUGGUGUGUUCCACCUAUCUCUGGCAUGCAAUUUCCUCAACCAACUGGAAUGCAUUUUCCUCCAGCUGCUGGAAUGCAAUUUCCACAAGCUGCUGGUAUGCAAUUUGCAAGACCUUGGGCUCCUCAGCCAACCACUUUUCCAAGGUCUCCACAACAUCCAGCUCCCACUGGUGUUGCUCCUCAGGCCAUGUUGACUACUGCUCCUGCAUCUUCUACACAAUUCACUGCUGCACCUCAAGUGAAUUGGUGUCCUGACUCUGGGGCCACACAUCAUGUGACAAACAAUCCUGGCAUUUUUGUGGAUAAUGUGCCUCUAGCAACACAAGAUCAACUUCUGGUGGGCAAUGGUCAAGGAUUACCAAUUCAGUCCAUAGGACACCUCUGAACUUCUUCUCACUGGAAGUGUUGGUGAUGAUGGUCUUUAUUACUUUGAUGGACCACCCUCACAAGCUGUGUCUCACUCUCCUGUUAAAGCUUCUUUGUUUCAGUCUUCUUUGCAUUCUCAGCCACUGGCACAGGCUGGCUUAGCUUCUCAGCCUGUAGGAAACAAAGCAUCUUCUGCUAUUGAUUUGCCUUCUUCAUUAGUGAAUUCUAGUGUUUCAAGUUCUGCACCUUGUAAUAGUAGUAGUAAUAUUUCCAUUUAUGAGUUGUGGCAUAAUAGAAUGGGUCAUCCCCAUCAUGAUGUUCUCAAGCAAACUUUGUCUUUGUGUAAUGUUCCAGUUUCAAGCAAUAAAAGUGUGUUUUCUUUUUGUAAA